AAGUCCCCCCAGCGGGCCUGUUUCCGGUUUGAUCCGAGUUAAAUAAAAUGGAGUGAAGCUGUUUCUUUCCGGCAUACUGCUACAUACAGCUGUGGGAGGAUAGCCCCCCUCGUCCUCUGACUCGCAAUAAGCUUAAAAUAAUUCUGUUGUCAGGCUACUAAAAUGUCCACUCAAAAGAAGUGUCCAGAUUGUGGCUCCCUGGAAAUUGUGGAAGAUUCUCACUACACUCAGAACCAGUUGGUGUGUGCAGAUUGUGGCUUUAUUCUAACUGAAGGACUUCUCACCACUACGUAUGCUGAUGAGGAACAUUUACAAGAAGUGACAUAUUCACGAAGUACUGGACAAAGUGAACAGCUGAGCCGCUGCUUACAGCGAGGAAUCAGACGUGUUCAGGAUCUCUGCAAAGUUCUCCGACUUCCUUCUCUGUUUGAAGAUACAGCUAUGUCUUAUUACCAGAAGGCAAUCAAAUGCCCCUGCUUUGCUUUGGUCAGCUUAGAGAAGAAGGAGAUAAUUAUAGGUUGCUGUGUUUUUGUGACCUGUAGACAGCACAACUGGCCCUUGACAAUGGGCACUGUCUGCUUGCUCCUUUAUGCAGACAAGGAAUUGUUUGCCAAAACCUACCUGCAGUUCUUGAAGGAAUUGACACUAGAUGUACCAACUCUGAGCUUGAUCGAUCUUGUGAAAACACACCUCAACAGCUUUAAGCUUUUCCAGGAAUCGUCCAGCAUCCCAGCCAAAUUUCUGGAAGACAAGGAGAAGCUGUUGGCAAGGACAAUCCAGAUAGUGGAGCUUGCCAGUGAGACGUGGCUGGUGACUGGUCGGCACCCCAUCCCCAUUGUGGUGGCAGCAGCCUUCUUGGCAUGGCAGUCUUUGCGACCUGUUGAUCGCCUCACUUGCACCCUUACAAAGUUCUGUAAGCUUGCUGGCAUGGACAUGCCCCGGCCAGCCCCACAAAGACUGAAGGAAUUGCAUAAUAUCCUCCUUCAGAUGGCCUCUCAACUAGGUUGGUUGCGAGGGCUCAAAGUGGACCGGAGGACUGUGUCGAAAUAUGUUGGAGACUUGCUGCAACAUCGCCGUGUGCUUCUACGGGCUGCUUUCCGUAUGGUGGAUACCACAGAAGACCACGAGCCUGAGAACUUCACAGCACUGCCAGACCAUCAGCUUAUAAAACCAACUGUUGCUUUGACAGAAGAGGCUUCUGUUGCUGGGAAGAAGCGGGUGCCUUUGCUUCCACCUUGUAUCCUGUACCCAACAAAGAAGCCUCGAACCAGCAAUCCAGACCCUGAAGGCCCAGCCAUCACAGGGAACGAGCCCAUUUUAGACAGUGAGAUUGAACAAUACAUCCGGACUCCAGAAGAAACAGAACUGUUUAGCAAAAUGCAAGUUCGCCUGUACUAGUGAAAGUAUUUAGUGAGUGUUAAAAGCCUGCAGUCAAUGGCGACAGGGGUUGGGUUUCUUAUAUUUAUAAUCUGUGGUCCCAGAUGUAUUUCUGUCCUGAGAUUAGAUGAAGUCCUUGUGUUCAGGAACGAACAACCUUGUAUCUUAAUAGUCUUCUGCAGCCUGUUGCUUUGUAUGCAUUAGUUGGGGUUUCUGGAUUCACAGUACGAACAAGUAUGGAAGGUUAUAAUAAAGAUUGGGGAAAGCAGCGAUAGACCAUGAGCUUUAAUUUUUUUUUGCUAGAUUUGGACGAAACGUAAUUACUGUAAUAAUUUUCUUAAAAGGCUGUUCUUUGGCCUAGAUAUGUGUUGGUGAACACACUAAUGUGCUUCUGCUAAAUUUUUAGUCCUGAACAUUAUAAAAAAUUGGAUUUAAUCGUACUACAUUGAAGUUUAAUGAUCUGCAUCAGAUACACUCCUGGUUUAUUUUGCUUGUUAUGUUUUGAAUUAGAUUAUCCUUCUUUCCAGUUCAAACAUUGCUUUGCAUGUUAUUUUAGAAGUUUCCCAUGCGAGUCUGGUAACGCUGAAGGUAAACAUUCAUUUAGCAUUCAAUGGGUUAAGUGGACUUAGGCUCUGCAGUCAUUAACUGAGGUUGAAAGUGACAUAAGUAGUGUAGAACAGGGCAUAUUGUGAUCCACAUACCUGUUUAUCUGUAAGGGUGGGGCAAGAGGAAUAAAUAUGAUGGUGCAUGCCAUGAUGUCAUGCAAAUAAGCUAAUUAUCCUAUGUAUAAAUGGGUUGAAAUUAGCAUAUCCCUUUAAAUCUUAUGAGUGAAACUCCACUCUUCAGCUUCUGUUUUUCCCCCUUAUUAUUAGUACCUAUAACCUUUUGUGUUUGAUGUCAGCUAUAUAUAUAUUAAAAAGCUGCAAUAGAAAGAUUUGAGAUGAAUUGGCCCAGUUGGGAUGAUAAACACCUUUUGAAUGGGUGCACAAGUUGGACUUUGCCAGCCCUCAUGAAUAGGUACCGUGUUUCCCUAAAAAUAAGACUGGGUCUUAUAUUAAUUUUUGCUCCAAAAGAUGUAUUAAGGCUUAUUUUCUGGUUAGGGCUUAUUUUUGAGGAAAUACGGUACUAAGUGCAUCCAUCUGGAUGACAAUCUUAACUUGGGCUUAUUUGGGGGUAGGGCUUAUAUUACGAGCAUCCUGAAAAAUCAUGCUAGGACUUAUUUUCCAGUUGGGUCUUAUUUUCAGGGAAACGGUAUGUGGGAGAAAACCAUUAAGAGUGUGCAGGAGAUUUGCCUCCUAUUCCCAGAGAUGACCAGUGUAGUUGCUUGAAUAGCUCUUCACCUCCCACAGAUCUUUUAAGUGUUGAGUAAAUGAGUCCCACUGCUUGGAAUCAGUAUACAAGUUUGAAAUAUUAAAAAUGUGUAGGUUUGGAUGGCAAAGCAUGGGUGGAACAUAAAAGCAAUACCUAGUUCAUUGGAUAUUGCAGUUCUUUUAAUAUAUUAAACAAGAAACAUCUGCUAAAAACAGUUCAUUUGUAUAAAAUGCAAACACAACAAAAAUGUAUUAAAUGUUUUCUUUGGCA